AUGUAUCGGAAGUUGUCUAAGUUAGAACACUCGGAAAUAAAACAACUUCUUACAGAAGCUAAUAUAGAUGUUGCAAAGCAUUACGCAACAAACAAAAAAGCACUUGCUGACUUCAUUAAAGACUAUAAUGGUGCAAUAAGUUAUGAUAUAAUUCAUGAGUUCAUAAAGCCGCAACGCGGCGAGGACGAAGUCCAUGCAAGAGCAUUUCCUUUAAAUGACGUUGCUAUUGACUUAUAUCAUAGACGUUUAGUACCUCAUGAAGUAAGAAGAGAAAUGUUUGACAUAACAAAUGCAAACGUUGGUGAAACAAGAAGAAGAGACGACACACUGAAACAACAGAGAAGAGAGAUGUUUAAAAGUGCUAUAGAUCAAGUUCGCAAAGCUAACGAUGUCAUUCGUUCCAUUGACGACAAACCAAAAGAAGGUGAGAGAUGGUUAAAGAAAGAUGAAGAGAAUAGGAAGAGGAAUGUUAAGACAGGCAAUAGACUCAUUGACUUUAACAUCGAAGCUUUAGAUGAACCAAACAGAGACUACUUACACAAACAUUUCGGUAAGGUUUUCAUGAGACUCUUAGAGAAGAUUAAAAUAAACUCCCAACAAAGAUGGAUGGUAUGUUAUAAACUUGGUGGAAAGUAUGAAUGUUCUACGUUAAACCUCAAUAAUAUUGGAACAUUACUACAUCAGCUCUUGAAGGAGAACUUUAUAUCAGAGAUAGAAGCAAAUGCUGCAGGUAUUGUUGAAAUGCACUAUGACUUCUUCUUGACAAACAUAAAGAAUCUUACUGAAAUAAAGAUGUAUGAUUUAACAGAAUAUGAAGGCUUAACGAUGUCAGAU